GCUUUAGUUAAUGUAACUAUUGGACAUGUUAUUACUAAAAGCAAAUUACCUUUGGGUACUGUUGGUCCAUUCUGUCCAGAUGAUAUGGGUGCUUUAGAAGAACUUUGUAAUAGUCAUCCAAGAGUUUUAGAAGAAGUUGCAAAAUUGCAAUUACCAAAAGGUUAUCAAAUUAGAAAUGAUCCUUGGAUUUAUGGUACUGAUGAUCCAAAUGAAAAGAGACCUUUGGUUCAAUUCUUCAUGUAUGUUUUAGCUGGUGAUGGUCACAGUGAGUCAAAUCAUUAUUCUUUACCUUUAAAAUUUUCUCCAGUUUUUGAAGCUUAUACCAAUAAAUUUGUUAGAAUUGAUUAUUUACCUGGUGGAUUUGAUGAAAAAACAACUCCAACUCAACCAUGGCAAAAAGUUCCUUGUGUCGAAUACCAUCCUGAUUUAAAUAAUGAAACCAUUCCAAGAGAUGUCAAACCUUUAUUGAUUUCUCAACCAGAAGGUCCUUCUUUCAAAGUCGAAGGCUCAAAAGUUACUUGGCAAGGUUGGGAGUUCAGAGUUAGUUCAAGUGCAAGAGAAGGUUUUGCUGUUUAUGAUGUUAAUUUCAAAGGUAGACAAGUGUUCUAUCGUAUUUCUUUAAGUGAAAUGACUGUUCCUUACGGGGAUCCAAGAGCUCCUUAUCAUAGAAAACAAGCUUUUGAUUUGGGUGAUGUUGGUUUUGGUGUUACUGGUAAUCACUUAAACUUGGGUUGUGAUUGUUUAGGGGUUAUUAAGUAUAUGGAUGGUUACGCAGUUCAUCCAAAUGGUGAACCAAGUGUUAUUCCAAAUACUAUUUGUAUGCAUGAACAAGAUGAUGGUUUAUUAUAUAAACAUCUUAAUUAUAGAACUAAUAAUGCAGUCGUUGCUCGUAAACGUGAAUUUGUUGUUCAAACUAUUGCUACCGUUGCUAAUUAUGAAUAUAUCAUUAAUCUUAAAUUUGUUACCGAUGGUUCAAUUGAUAUUGAAACUAGAGCUACUGGUAUUUUAUCAACCAUGCCAAUUGAUGAAGAUGUUACUGUUCCUUGGGGAACUAUUGUUGGUCCAAAUGUUAUGGCUGCUUAUCAUCAACAUAUCUUAUCAUUUAGAAUUGAUCCAGCUAUCGAUGGCCAUAAAAACUCGGUUGUUUAUGAUGAUGUUGUUAAAUUACCAAAAGAUGAUAAAUUGAAUCCAUUCGGUAUUGGUUUCGUUACUGAACGUAAAUUUGUUGAAAAAGCCGGUCAUAUUGAUCAAAGUCCUUUCACUAAUAGACAAUAUAAGAUUAUUAAUGAAAAUAAGAUCAAUCCAAUUUCUAAAAACCCCGUCGGUUAUAAAAUUAUGAUGCCUGCUAGACAAAUGAUUUUAGCUGACCCUGAUUCUUUCAAUGUUAGAAGAGCUAAAUAUGCUACUGAACAAGUUUGGGUCACUAAAUAUAGAGAUCAUGAAUUAUACGCUGCUGGGGAAUUCACUAACCAAUCUCAAAAUGAUACUGGUUUAGGUGUUUGGGCUAACGGUAUCGAUCCAGUCAGAAAUGAAGAUUUGGUUGUUUGGGCAACCAUGGGUUUCACUCACAUCCCAAGAGUUGAAGAUUUCCCAGUUAUGCCAGUUGAAACUCAUAAUAUCCAUUUGGUUCCUUUCAACUUUUUCGAUAAAAAUCCUGCUUUAGAUAUUCCUCAAGCUAAUAAUAACUUUAACAAAUCCAUUUUAGCUAAAGUCGAUACUAAAUCAGAACCUUCGGCUUGUUGCAAAACCAAUUUAUAGAUUUCCCCUUUAGUUCGUUCCACUUAUUACUGAAAGAC